AUGGCCGAAGACGACACUAAUGGUGGUGUGGAUGGGCUUUCGGAAGAUUCGACCACGGUUGAUGACGGGUAUACGACAUCUGGAAAGGUGGACGAGAAGGUGGUGGAUGACACUUCUGCACUGCUUGUAGAUGUAGAGCUCGCCGACGAAGGUGAUGGAUGUGAAGAGGUAAUUGGGGUUGCCAAUGAGGAACUUGACGGCACGAAACUCGAUCUUGUGGUCGUUUUCGAUACAGGCGUCGAAGGAUCCGUGGUUGAUAUGGUAGAUGAUACCGUGACAGUGCUCGGGGAAAUGGUCGUUUCCAAUGUGGGCGUUGAUGAUGGAGUAGUUUUGAUUGCUGAAGAAGAUAAAAAUGAGCCAUCCACGUCACUUGAAGAUAUGGUUGACUCUGAUGUAGUCACUGGGGAAAGUGUGGUCGAAUGGUCGUGUAACCAGGAGAUCAGUGGGGGCAUACCUGAAGUGCUGGUUGAAGUUGAGGAGGGAGUCGAGACGGAGGAGGCGCAUCGCAGGGAGAAGUAA